ACCGAGGUUGCGACUACUACUGCUGUACGGACAACCACGCCAAAAGCAACAACCACAAAGGAGACAACCACAGCAAAAGCAACCACAGAAGCUACAACUACAGAGGCACCAACAACAGUUGAAAGGACAACAACUCGUGUAAGAACCACUGUGGCACGUACAACCACUGCCCAACCCACAACCACUGAGGAGAUUACGACAACAGUUGUGACCACUACGCCUCAGGAAACUACCACAGAGACAACAACUGUCCAGACCACCACAGAGGCUCCAACAACUGAGGAAGCAACAACCACAGUUGUCACAACUACACAAACAACAAGAGCACCAUCCACCACUGCUGCACCUACAACCACUGAGGUUGUCACCACAACUGUUGUGCAGACAACCACACCACAGGCAACAACCACAGAGGAGAUAACUACAGUGCGGGCCACCACAGAGGAAACAACAGAGGCCUCAACAACAACUGAAAGGAAAACCACUCGUUUGACCACUGAGGCACAACCAACCACUGCCCCUGCAACAACAACCGCGGCGCCUACCACCACUGGCAAACCCACAACCACCGAGGAAGUCACAACAACAACCGUGUCCACUACUCCUCAAGCAACCACAACAGAGACAACCACUAUCCAAACAACGACUGUUGCUCCAACAACUGAAGAAACAACAACAGCGUUUGUCACUACUACACAGACUACAAGAGCCCCAACUACCACUGCUGCACCUACAACCACUGCCGUUAUGACUACCACUGCUGUACAGACAACCACUCCUAAGGCAACAACCACAAAGGAGACAACUACAGUAAAGGUCACCACAGAGGCUACUACCACAGAGGCCCCCACAACACUUGAGAGGACCACUACUCGUGUGAUAACCACGGCAGCCCCUACAACCACUGGCCAACCCACGACCACAGAGGAAGUCACCACAACAGUCGUGACUACGACACCAGAGGCAACCACAACAGAGACUACAACGGUGCAAUCAACUACUGAGGCUCCAACUACGGAGGAAACAACUACCGCAGUUUUCACAACUACCAAGACUACACGAGCCCCAACUACCACUGCUGCGCCUACAACCACUGAGGUUGUGACUACCACUGCGGUGUUGACAACCACUCCAAAGGCAACGACAACAGAGGAGACAACUACAGUUAGGGUCACAACGGAGGCUACAACCACAGAGGCCCCGACAACAGUUGAGAGAACCACUACUCGUGUGAGAACCACUGAGGCACCCACAACAACUGCCCAACAGACAACCACUGAAGAAGUCACAACAGCAGUUGUAACUACUACCCCCGAGGCUACCACCAAAGAAACAACUGUUAUCUACACAACCACAGUUGCUCCGACAACCGAGGAAGUGACAACAACAGUUGUCACAACUACACAGACUACGAAAGCACCAACCACCACUGCUGCACCUACAACCACUGAGGUUGUGACUACCACUGCUGUACACACCACUACUCCACAGGCAACAACCACGGAAGCGACAACUGCAGUAAAGACCACAACAGAAGCUACAACCUCAGAGGCCCCCACUACAGUUGAGAGGACAACCACUCGUGUUACAACCACCGAGGCACCCACAACCACUGCAAAACCUACAACCACUGAGGAGGUCACCACAACAAUUGUGACUACCUCACCCGUGGAAACCACAAAAGAGACAACAGUAAUCCAGACAACCACAGUUGCCCCAACCACUGAGGAGGCAACAACUACAGUUGUCACAACUGUACAGACGACAAGAGCACCGACCACAACUGCUGCGCCUACAACCACUGAGGUUAUUACUACCACUGCUCUGCAGACUUCAACUCCAAAGGCAACAUCCACAGAAGAGACAACUACAAUAAAGACCACCACAGAGGUCCUAACCACAGAGGUUCCCACAACUGUUGAAAGGACAACUACUCGUGUUACAACCACCGAGGCACCCACAACCACUGCAAAACCUACAACCACUGAGGAGGUCACCACAACAAUUGUGACUACCUCACCCGUGGAAACCACAAAAGAGACAACAGUAAUCCAGACAACCACAGUUGCCCCAACCACUGAGGAGGCAACAACUACAGUUGUCACAACUGUACAGACGACAAGAGCACCGACCACAACUGCUGCGCCUACAACCACUGAGGUUAUUACUACCACUGCUCUGCAGACUUCAACUCCAAAGGCAACAACCACAGAAGAGACAACUACAAUAAAGACCACCACAGAGGUCCUAACCACAGAGGUUCCCACAACUGUUGAAAGGACAACUACUCGCGUGACAACCACUGAGGCACCUACAACCCCUGCCCAACCUACAACCACUGAGGAGGUUACCACAAGAGUUGUGACCACAACACCUGAAGCAACCACAAAAGAGACAACUGUUAUUCGGACGACAGUUGCUCCUACAACCGAGGAGGCAACUACAACGACUGUCACCGAGGAGAGAACAACUACGGUUGUCCCAACCACCCAGACAACUAGAGCCCCUACUACGACUGCUGCACCUACAACCACUGAGGUUGUGACUACCACUGCUGUGCAGACAACCACUCCACAGGCAACAACUACAGAGGAGACAACUGCAGUAUAUACCACCACAGAGGCUACAACCACAGAGGUCCCAACAACAGUUGAAAGGACGACAACUCGUGUAACAACCACUGAGGCACCUACAACCACAGCCCAACCCACAACUACUGAGGAAGUCACUACAACGGUUGUAACGACUACUCCUGAGGCAACCACAAGAGAGACAACAGUUAUCCAGUCAACCACAGUCCAAACCACCAAACCACCUACAACAACCACGGUAACCACAACGGAAGUGACAACCACGCCGACAACUGCUGCCCCACCCACAACCAAGCGGACCACAGUUGUUGUCACCACCACUCCAGAGGCAACGACCAGGGAAGAGACAACCAUAGUUGUAACAACAGCAGAGGCAACCACUACAGAAGCCCCAACAACAGUUGAGAGGACAACCACUCGUUUGACAACCACUGCGGCACCAACAACAACAGCCCAACCCACAACCACUGAGGAAGUCACCACAACUGUUGUGACCACUACGCCUGAGGCAACCACAACAGAGACAACCAAAGUCCAGACGACCACUGCUCCAGCUACCACAACUCAAGAACCAUGCUCUGACAAUCUGGACACGUACGACUUAGUGGAUGUGCAAAGGGAAACUUCUGAUAAUCCCGGCUUCCAAGUGCAACCUACCUACUGGUGGACUCCUGCAAGCCCACCCACUCAUCCGUCUAACCCCUACUCCGGCUCCCACUUGACUGCCGAGUUCACCCCGAGGGCUGUUGUCACUUCCGUCGUGGUGCUAAGAGAGGACGGGGCAGUUGAACGAGUGAAGAUUGCGAUCGUUGUUAGGUACAACAAGGGUAGCAGCUUUACUUCCCUUAAGGGCGAGAACAACGAACGUCUGUUUGUCGGUUUUACUGGCAGCAAGAUACAUGUACCUGUGGAUACGCCAGCCGUUGCAAGCAUGGCUGUGUUUAUUUUUGAUCCACCUACCUCUGUUGGCUUCAGGAUAAUAUUCCACGGUUGUGAGGGACCCGUUGAAACUACCACAGAAGUGGCAACAACUGCAAGGACCACUAGAGUGACAACUGCGCCACCUACGACCACCAUUACUACAACUACAGUCGUAACAACCACUCCAAAAGCAACAACAACGGAGGAGACAACUGCUGUUGUGACCACAACGGAGGCCCCAACCACAGAGGUUCCAACAACUACUGAGAGAGUUACUACGCGCCUGACAACCACUGAGAUACCUACAACCACUGCCCAACUGACGACUACUGAGGAAGUCACUACAACGGUUGUGAAUACUACUCCAUUGAGAACCAUAACAGAAACGACAACAAUCCAGACAACCACAGAGGCUCAAACGACUACUGAAAGGACAACUACUCGUUUGACUACUACUGAGGCACCUACAACCACUGAGGCACCUACGACCACUGAGGCACCUACAACCACAGCCCGACCCACAACCACUGAGGAAGUCACCACAACAGUUGUAACCACCACUCCCGAGGCAACCACAACAGAGACAACUGUAUUUCAAACCACUACAGCACCGCGGCCGACAACCCCGGAGGAAUGUGCCGACAAUCUCGACGAGAUCGUGGACAUCCAACGGACAACCAAGGAGGAUCCGGACGUGAAUCGUCCUCCAACUUACUGGUGGAAUCCCCCAGCUCCACCCGUCAAUGAGUCUGCUCCUUACGACGGCUCCUACCUGACCGCUGAAAUCACUCCUAGGGUCCGGGUGACCUCAGUCAUCAUAGCCAGUGACGUCGACGCAAUGACCGAAGUGAAGUUUGCUGUCGAGGUCCAGUACAUCCAGGGCGGUCCGUUUACUGAAGUCAAGAAUGGGGAGGCGUCCCUGUUUGUGGGAGAGACUGACACCAAGAUACACCUGCCGUCGGACUUGUCCUACGUGUCUGCUGUGAGAAUCUACAUCUUGAGUCGUUUCCCGUCAGCUAGCUUUCAGAUACGGUACAACGGCUGUGAAGAAACCAGCACACCGCGGCCGACACCGCCGGAGGAAUGUGCCGACAAUCUCGACGAGAUUGUGGACAUCCAAAGGACAACAAAGGAGAAUCCGGACGUGAAUCGUCCGCCAACUUAUUGGUGGAAUCCCCCAGCUCCACCCGUCGAUGAGUCUGCUCCUUACGACGGCUCCUAUAUGACCGCCGAAUUUACACCAAGAGUCCGGGUGACCUCAGUCAUCAUAGUAAGUGACAUCGACACAAUGACCGAAGUGACGUUUGCUGUCGAGGUCCAGUACGUCCAGAGCGGUCCGUUUUCUGAAGUCAAGAACGGGGAGACGUCCCUGUUUGUGGGUGAGACUGGUAAAAAGAUUCACCUGCCGUCGGACUUGACAUACGUGUCCGCUGUGAGAAUCUACAUCUUGAGUCGUUUCCCGUUGGCUAGCUUUCAGAUACGGUACAACGGCUGUGAAGAAACCGCUACAACAGUCAAAACCACGACGCAGGUGUCGACAACCGAGGCGAUAACGGUGAGCCCAACUGCACCAGCACCAACGACCACGUCACGGACCACGGAAGUUGUGACUACCUCGCCCAUAGCCACUACAACAGAGCGGACCACUGUGCGAGUGACAACUGUUCCAUCAACUGCAGCUCCAACAACAGCAGUUAUAACAACAGAAAAGACCACGACCGAAGUUGCUACAACCAGCCAAACAGCCCCGCCAACGACCAGCAGGAGAACAACAAGUGUUGUCACUACGACACCACAAGUUACAACUGCGACACAAGCCACAAUACCAAAUUGUUAUCCGUUGGAAUACGAUGACUGUGCUUGCCUACGGACCUGUGCGGAUGAGCAGCGACCCGUGUGUCCCGAGCCUGGAUCCCCACAGUGUACUCCGGCAUGCAGCUGUCCCCGAGAUCAAUACUGGGACGAUGACCUGGGAGCUUGUGUCGAUGAGUGUAAUUGUACAGAAUAUCAAGACCAUAAGGACGAUGACUACUGGUUUCAAUCCGAAUGCAUUGAAUGUAAGUGGGUUGACAAGGACCUCUGCAAAGUAAGCUGUGGUGAAAUGUGCCCUCUGAAACCGAGUGACUGUGAUGCUGAUGAAGAGCUAGUGGAUGAAAUGAAAGAUGACGGCAAAUGUUGUCACUGCAUUCCCAUAGAGCGUUGUCAAUAUGAAGGUGACGACUACGAUGUUUACAGAGAGCCUGGUGAAGUAUGGUACCCUGAGAAGUGUAUGCGAUGUGAAUGCAAGGAGAGUGGCAAUGUGAUUUGCCAGACCUUCGUGUGCCCUACGCCACAAUGUACCGAUCCAAUUAAUGAUCCACACGUGUGCUGUCCAUACUGUCCUCCAACAACAACUCCAAUACCACCGACUACAGCUGUGCAAACUACAACGCAACAGCCGACCACAACAACACCAGUACCUACAACAACAGGAUCCAAAUAUUGUCCAGAUUACUGCCAUAUACCCGAUAAGAUUCCCUGCGAAGAUAGCCAAUUCUACUUUGGCGGGAAUCUACCCUUUAAGCCAGAUAUUCGCUGUGAACCCGGUUUUCCCUUCAGUGUCGAUCCAGAUUGCGAAUGUAAAGAAGGCUACUACAAAGACGGGGACGAGUUCCUGCAACAUUUUUGGUUCACAUAUGGAACAUCGAUGUGUUUGAUAGUAGAAAGACCGUGCGACUGCCUGGAUGAAACCACCGACACCUAUUAUGGGGUCGGCGACAGUUUCAUCAGGGGAGACUGUGAACUCUGCACGUGUGUGCUCAUGCCAUCAGGAUACGACUUAAUGUGUUUCAUAGAUGGAGAUCUGCCUAACUGUACUCUUACAACUACAGCUGAAACUACAAGUGCACCGCCACCAACCACCACAAGAGCUCCAACCACUACAAGAGCUCCACCCACCACAGCGGGUACAGUACCGACCACAACACCCGCAACUUUCCCUCCGACGACACCAAAGCCACCAUGUUCCGAUCAGUGCUACGGAGAACCGGAGAUUCCAUGUGACAAACAAACCUACGAUUACUACCUGGCCAAUGGGUUCCCUCCCUUCUCGGUCGUCAUAUUCUGCUCACCGUUUAUAGUUGGUCCCGAGAACGGGCCCACCAUACCCAACUAUUACGCAGAUUGCGACUGCGGCGAAGGCUAUUACCGGGACUACGAUAACUUUGAUGAUGAGAAAUCCUUAUUAAGCGAACUCGGCUUCAGCUGGGAAACAUACAUGUGUGUGGAGCUUGAGAAACCGUGCCAACCACCAGGACCAUGCCCCUUCAAUGAAACAUUGACCCUUCAGCCUGGAGAGUCGAUCCAGCAAGACUGUAGUAUUUGUACUUGUGAGCUGAAGGGAGGCAGCACUACUGGACGAUACGAGUUAAUCUGUGAUCCUAUCCCAGGCUGUACCACAACACCAGGAAUUACCACUACCAUAGUGACAACACACAUCACUACGCCCAUCCAAACAACAUCUAAACAAACGACCGCUGUCCAAACAACACCCGUGAUGACAAGUAUACGGACAACGCCAGUUCAGACGACCACACCUAUCAAGACAACAAUUCAGACGACAACACCACUAAAGACAACUACACCAUUCAUCACUACCACGCCUAUUAGGACGACUAAACCACCUUCGUCACUAGCUCCAACAACGACUGCGGCUCAAACCACAACUACAGCUCGAACAACCACUGCAGCCCAAACAACCACUGGGGCUCACACAACUACCGCUGCUCAAACCACGACUGAGGCUCCAACAACAACCGCAGCUCAAACAACCACUGCGGCCCAUACGACCACUUCAGCUCCAACCACUGAAGCUCCAACGACCACUGAAGCUCCAACGACCACUGCAGCUCAGACAACCACUCCAUUUCAGACAACCACUGAAGUUCCCACAACCACUGCGGCUCCAACGACUGCAGCCACAACCACUGCAGCCCAAACAACUACCGCAACUGAGGCUCCAACAACCACUGCAGCGCAAACUACCACUGCAGCUCAAACAACCACUGCAGCCCAUACAACUACUGCAGCUCCAACCACCGAGGCUCCAACAACUACUGCAGCUCAAACAACCACUGCAGCGCAAACUACCACUGCAGCUCAAACAACAACCGCAGCUCAAACAACCACUGCAGCUCAGACAACCACUGAAGUUCUCACAACUGCAGCUAUAACAACCACCGCAGCCCAUACAACCACUGCAGCCCCUACCACUGAAACUCCAACAACCACUGCAGCUCAAACAACCACUGCAGCCCAUACAACUACUGCAGCUCCAACCACCAAAGCUCCAACAACCACUGCAGCUCAGACAACCACUGAAGUUCUCACAACCACUGCAGCUCCAACAACCACAGCAGCGCAAACUACCACUGAAGCUUUAACAACCACUGCAGCCCAUACAACUACUGCAGCUCCAACCACCGAAGCUCCAACAACCACUGCAGCUCAGACAACCACUGCAGCGCAAACUACCAGUGCAGCUCAAACAACAACCGCAGCUCAAACAACCACUGCAGCUCAAACAACCACUGCAGCCCAUACAACUACUGCAGCUCCAACCACCGAAGCCCCAACAACCACUGCAGCUCAGACAACCACAGAAGUUCUCACAACCACUGCAGCUCCACCAACCACAGCAGCGCAAACUACCACUGAAGCUUUAACAACCACUGCAGCCCAUACAACUACUGCAGCUCCAACCACCGAAGCUCCAACAACCACUGCAGCUCAGACAACCACUGCAGCGCAAACUACCACUGCAGCUCAAACAACCACUGCAGCUCAAACAACCACUGCAGCUCAAACAACCACUGCAGCCCAUACAACUACUGCAGCUCCAACCACCGAAGCCCCAACAACCACUGCAGCUCAGACAACCACUGAAGUUCUCACAACCACUGAGGCUCCACCAACCACAGCAGCGCAAACUACCACUGAAGCUUUAACAACCACUGCAGCCCAUACAACUACUGCAGCUCCAACCACCGAAGCUCCAACAACCACUGCAGCUCAGACAACCACUGCAGCGCAAACUACCACUGCAGCUCAAACAACAACCGCAGCUCAAACAACCACUGCAGCUCAAACAACCACUGCAGCCCAUACAACUACUGCAGCUCCAACCACCGAAGCCCCAACAACCACUGCAGCUCAGACAACCACUGAAGUUCUCACAACCACUGCAGCUCCACCAACCACAGCAGCGCAAACUACCACUGAAGCUUUAACAACCACUGUAGCCCAUACAACCACUGCAGCUCCAACCACUGAAGCUCCAACGACCACUGCAGCUCCAACGACCACUGCAGCUCAGACAACCACUGAAGUUCUCACCACCCCUGCAGCUCCAACAACCACAGCAGAGCAAACUACCACUGAAGCUCAGACAACAACUGCAGCUUUAACAACCACUGCAGCACAUACAACCACUGCAGCUCCUACCCCUGAAACUCCGACAACCACUGCAACCCAAACAACCACUGCAGUCCAAACAACUACCACAGCUCAAACCACAACUGAGGCACAAACAACCACUGCAGCACCAACCACUGAAGCUCCAACGACUACUACAGCUCAAACAACCACUAAAUUCCUCACAACCACUGCUGCACAAACAACCACUGCAGCUCCAACCACUGAAGUUCCAACGACCACUGCAGCUCAGACAACUGAAGUUCUCACAACUACUGCAGCUUCAACAACCACAUCAGCGCAUACUACCACUGAAGCUCUAACAACCACGGAAUCUCGAACCACUGAAGCUCAAACAACGACUGCAGCUCCCACAACUACAGCUAUUAUCACUGCUACAGCGUACUGUCUGACCCCUUUAAUGGACCUGGGCCUGGUGGAAAUGUGGGUGAUCUCCGACGACGCCGGGACCAGCAUCCCACUUGAGGAUCCCACAGAUCCUUGGAAAGUGGACAACAUACUAGAGUGGGAGAUCAUCGAGGCCACUUUACGCUAUUGGGCGCAGAUCAGGGGUAUCAAGAUCCUGGGCCAGGUCUCCGAGCCCAUGGAAGUUACCUUAAGCUACAGUGUGAACAGGACCCAGAUUUUAAUGCCGCUGGAUCUGCAUAUAGAUCUUCUAAAGGACACUUACGUCAAUAUCAUAUUCGACGAACCAUUGCGUUUCGUCACAGACUUGCAAUUCAAGCUGAAGAAAUACCCAACGACGGCAACAGCGAUCCAAAUGGACUACUUAGGCUGUGUUGAACCGGUGAGGCCACCUGAACCAACAACGGCAGUAAGCGUACCAACUGCUUCAACAGAAGCGCCAACGACAUCAGUCACCACAGAGGUUAUCACAACAGAGGAGACUACUACAGAGAUAGUCACAACCACAGCUGCUACAACUACUCCCGAAGCUACGAUCACGGAAAAGACAACAGUUGCAACUACAACCGCUUUAACCGAGGUUCCUACAACAGCUAGGACUGCCACCACAACGGUGACAACUCGGGAAACCACGGUAAUUCCAACAACCACGGCUGCGCCAACCACAACGCUGGAAACUACAACUGUUGUUCUUACAACAACUCCUGAGGUCAUUACCACGGAAGAGACAACCACCGUUGUAGCUACCACCGAGGCUACAACAACAGAAGCCCCAACGACUACUGAGAGCACAACGGUUCGAGUGACCACAACACCGGCACAACCUACCACUGAGCAACAAACAACCACUGAAGGAGUCACCACAACGGUCGUGUCUACUACUGCUGAGGCAACUACAAGACAAACCACGGAAGUCCAAACGACUGCAGUGGCUUCACCAACUGCGACUCCAGAGACAACAACGACUGUUGUGACCACGGUCUCCACCACAGUGGCACCAACACAAACCGGAGCACCAACGACCAAGGAAGAGGUGACUACCACUGCUGUGUAUACAACCACUCCAAUAGCAAAGACAACUGAGGAAACUAGUACUCUUCGAACCACAACAGGGCCGACCACAACAGAAGCCCCAACAACCACUGAAGCAAGAACUACUCAUAUCACAACAACCGUGGCACCAACCCAACCAACAGCCCAACCCACAACCACUGAGGAAAUUACAACAUCAAUUGUGACUACUACACCGGAGGCAACCACAACAGAGAAAACAACAGUCCGUGCAACUACCGAAGCCACAGCAACAACUGUGGUCACCACCAAAGCCACGACUACAGCCCCACAAACUACCACAGCACCACGAACAACUGAGGAGGUCACUACUACUGCCGUGUACACCACCACGCCAGAGGCAACAACUACCAAAGAGACAACCACUGCACUGAUAACAACGGGAGGAACAACAACAGAAGCGCCAACUACAACGGAAGCCACAACCACUCGUGUAAUCACAACAGAGGCCGCAACAACCUCAGCUACUCCACCAACAACCGAGGAAGUCACGACAAAAGUCGUGACUACUACACCCGAGGCAACCACUACAGAGACAACCACGGUGAAGUCCACAACAGUUGCUCCAACAACCGAGGAAAGUACGACAUCCGUUGUCACAACUGUAGAGACAACAAUAGCACCUACAACUGCCACAUCACCUACAACCACCGAGGUUGUAACUACUACUGUUGUGCAGACAACCACUCCAAAGGCAACCACCACAGAGGAGACAACUACAGUAAGGGCCACGACAGAGGGUACGACGACCCAAGCUCCAUCAACAACUGAAGCAACAACUCUCCGCGUUACGACCACUGAGGCCCCUACAACCACUGCGCAACCUACUACCACUGAGGAAGUCACCACAACCGUUGAAACUGCCACACCAAGAGAAACAACAAUAGAGACAACAACAUCCGAAACCACCAAAGUGCCCACAACAACGGAAGAAAGAACUACCGUUAGAACAACCCAACAAACCACCACUGUCCCAAAGACCACUUCAGCUCCGCCAACAACUUCGCGAGUCACAACCGUGACAAUUACUACGGCUACGCCUCUAGUCACAACGGAGGAAGUAACCUCCACAGUGUCUGCAACAACUGGGUCAACUGCUGCUGUGGCCCCAACUUCAAGUGAGGCAACCACAAUUCGCGUGACAACCACAGAGGCUGCAACAACUACUGCCCCUCAGACUACCACCGAGGAAGUCACCACAACUGUUGUGUCGACCACCAAAGAAGCAACGACAACACAGACAACCACUGUUCAGACAACCACUGUUUCUCCUACAACUGAGGAAACAACCACAUCUGUCCAUACAACGCAAGAAACCACGACAGUUCCAACAACAACAGAAGCACCGACAACAACCAAAGAAGUAACUACCAUCAUAAUUACUACAACUCCCGAGCUGACAACCACACAGGAGACAACAAUUGCAACCACAACCGAAGCGCCUACUACCACAGGGUUGGUUACAACGCCUGGGUCGACAACAGUAAGGCAAACUACUUCUGUGACAACGGAGGCACCGACGACACGAAGGCAGACUACGACUGAGGAGGUGACAACUGGUCCCAUCACCACAGUGACUGUAAGGGAGACUACGACAGAAGGCGAGACAACAACCCACGUCACAUCAGUCCAAACCACUACUGGAGUACACGUUUGCAUUCAAGACGGGGUAGAAUAUCAAGAAGGUAAUGUCAUGCCGUCACCAGACAAGUGUAAAGUGCGAUUCUGUACAGCGAAUGGCGUUGAGGACAUUGAAAUAGUCUGCAACAGAACGUGCUAUAACGGAUACCUAGUAGAAACAGACGAGGCCCACUGCUGCCCAAUUUGUGUGCCGAUUGAAGAGGAUUGCUUCUUCCAGAAAUAUCUGAGUCUGGUGGUGGCAGACAACUGCGUCUCCGAGAACGAAAUCCUGUACACGGAUUGCGAGGGGAAGUGCGCCUCAAACAGCCGCGUGACCACGCUGCCCACGUCUCACAUCCAGUUCGUCUGCGGCUGUUGCAAGCCGGACAAACUGUCCAUCAACCACGUCAAGAUGUUGUGCAAUAACGGAACGACCCACUUUUACUCUUACUACGAAAUUGAAUCGUGCGCCUGCAAGUCUUGCGAGUACUACCCUCUGGAUUACGCCGAGGCUAAACUCAUCCCGUUGGUUUAAAGGCACAUGGGAGCAUUUAUAAUUACAGGGAAACAGACACAUCUAUUUAGUGAGAAAAAUACCUUGCUCAGAGUGAACAUAGGGAUAUGUGAAAUUAUUCCACUUUAAAUUUUAUCAUCCAAAAGAAACAAGGUGGUUUAA